CCCGCUAUAGACAAAGCUCAUUGAAAUGACAUAACUCACUUCCGGCUGUUGCAGUAGUGUGUGCUGCUUCUCAGGUGUGUGUGUGUGUGUGAGGGAUUUUACGGAGGUGUGUGGGGAUAAGAGUUGUAAAGCUGUCCAAGUGGGGGAAUUUUCGCAGGACGCCACACACUGAAACACACCAACAUCAAGGCUAGACUUGGCUGUGUCCUCUGCCUCUUAUUUCCUCUCAGAAAGGUCUUCUGUCUGGCCAAAUCUGCUCACAUGAUGUGUCCUGAAUGAAACUUGAAAGCGUUUGCAACAACGCUAAAUUAGGUGCUACUUGUUCUCUGUGUCUCCUGUCUCAUCCCCUGGCUCCUAAACCUCUUCACAUUUGGUUUGUCACGCAGCCCAGAGACACUUAGUAUCCAGGGUUGAAACAGGGCUGUAAUCAGAUGGAUGUCAUCACUGCUCAUCACUGCUCUCCUGUCUCCUCCAUCUCAAUGGAAAGUGAAAUACGGGACUGACUACUGUGGUGACCCUCCCUUCUGUUUGAUCCUUGACCUUUGAACUGGGACCUGUGUUCUGUGCUCCAGGCAACAAGGUAGCAUAUCUCCGCUCUGCAUAAUUUUGGAAACGUUCUGGAAACAUUUUUGACACAGUUUUAGGCCUCCUAGUUGUGUUGAUGUUUCGAAGCAAGCUUAGACUAAACAGACAGCUGUCCCUUUUACCCUUGAUCAGUCUAUUGAAACUAACAACCUAAGCCAUAUUUCCCGAUUUGAGAGCACACUUUCCUGAAGUAAUACACACACAUCAAGUUUCCUGUAUCCUGGUCCUGGAAGCUGAAGCGUGAGUCGCCAUGGCGACGGACUCUCCCAACCCCUCCCUGAGGUCCAGAGUUACCAUGAUGACGGACAACGACUCCUACGUGAGCACGGCCAGCCUCCCCUGCUGCCACUUCCUGUCCGCCAAUGUCCUCAACGUGGUGGAGAAAUGCAUGAGCUCCAUGCAGACGGGGACCCAGAUGGUGAAGCUGCGUGGCGGCUCCAAGGGACUGGUGCGCUACUUCUACCUGGACCAACACAAGUCCUGCAUCCGCUGGCGGCCUUCUCGCAAGAACGAGAAGGCCAAGAUCUCCAUCGACUCCAUCCGAGAGGUGUGCGAGGGUAAGCAAUCUGAGAUCUUCCAGCGCUACUCUGAAGGCAGCUUCGACCCCAACUGCUGUUUCAGCCUGUAUUAUGGCGAGCGCUUGGAGUCCCUGGAUCUAGUGUCCAGCACAGGCGAGGAGGCGCGUACCUGGAUCACCGGCCUCAAGUAUCUGGUGGCGGGCAUCAGCGACGAGGACAGCCUGGCCAAGAGGCAACGCACCCGUGAUCAGUGGCUGAAGCAGACAUUUGCGGAGGCGGAUAAGAACGGCGAUGGCAGCCUGAGCAUCAGCGAGGUCCUGCAGCUCCUCCACAAACUCAACGUCAACCUACCCCGCCAGAAAGUCAAGCAGAUGUUCAAGGAGGCAGACACAGAUGACAACCAGGGCACCCUGGACUUCGAGGAGUUCUGCUCCUUCUACAAGAUGAUGUCGACUCGCCGUGAUCUCUACUUGCUCAUGCUCACCUACAGCAACCACAAGGACCACCUGGACAGCAUCGACCUGACCCGCUUCCUGGAGGUGGAGCAGAAGAUGACCAAGGUGACCAAAGACCAUUGCCUUGAGAUCGUGAACAAAUUUGAGCCCUGCUCCGAGAACCAGAAGCAGGGAGUUCUGGGUAUUGAUGGUUUCACCAGCUACAUGCGCAGCCCGGCGGGGGACAUCUUCAACCCGGAGCACUACGAGGUGACCCAAGACAUGUCGCAGCCGCUCUGCAACUACUUCAUCGCCUCGUCCCACAACACCUACCUGAUGGGCGACCAGCUCAUGUCCCAGUCCCGCGUCGACAUGUACGCCUGGGUGCUGCAGGCCGGCUGCCGCUGCGUGGAGGUGGACUGCUGGGACGGGCAGGACGGAGAGCCCAUCGUGCACCACGGCUACACGCUCACCUCCAAGAUCCUCUUCAAAGACGUCAUCGAGACCAUCAACAAGUACGCCUUUUUGAAAAACGACUACCCAGUGAUCCUGUCCAUAGAGAACCACUGCAGCGUCCCCCAGCAGAAGAAAAUGGCCCAGUACCUGGUGGAGGUGAUGGGAGACAAGCUGGACCUCUCGGCCGUCAAGGCAGACGAACAGGGCCACCUGCCCUCCCCAGACACCCUCAAAGGGAAGAUCCUCGUCAAGGGCAAGAAGCUCCCGCCGAACAUCGACGAAGACAACGAGGAGGGCGACGUGACGGAUGAAGACAGCGCUGACGAGAUGGAGGACGACUGCAAACUGAUGAACGGAGAUACAUCCAUGACCAGGAAGCAGGUAGAGAACGUGGCUAAGAAGAAGCUGGACAACCUGCUGAAGGAGUCUAAGAUCCGUGACCGGGAGGACCCAGACAGCUUCACCAUCGCCACCCUGUCCCCCACGGGGAAGCCCAUCGAUCAGUCAGCCUCCAAGGGCAAAGGUGAUGAUGAUGCUGACACAGGGGACGAAGCCAACCCCAGCACCAACAAGCGUCUUGGCAGGAGCUUCAUGGGAAGUUUCUCCAAACGCAAGAAAAAGGCGGCCAAGCUGAAGAAGACCAACAGCCUUGAGGACACUGACACGGACCAGGAGAGCACCAGCAUGGCCUCCCGCGCCCCCUUACACCACAGCAGGAAGAAGAAGACCAUGAAGCUGUCCAGGGCUCUGUCAGACCUGGUCAAAUACACCAAGUCAGUGGGCGUCUCCGACAUAGAGACACAAGCCGCCAGCUCCAGUUGGCAGGUGUCUUCUCUGAGCGAGACCAAGGCCCACCAGAUCAUGCAGCAGAAAGCUGCCACCUUCAUCCACUUCAACCAGCGGCAGCUAUCACGCAUCUACCCCUCCUCCUACCGUGUGGACUCUUCCAACUUCAACCCACAGCCCUUCUGGAAUGCUGGAUGCCAUCUGGUGGCGUUGAACUACCAGUCGGAGGGGAGAGUGCUCCAGUUGAACCGAGCCAAGUUCAACAGCAACGGCAACUGUGGUUACAUCCUAAAGCCGGCCUGCAUGUGUGAAGGUGUCUUUAACCCUAUGAUGGAGGACCCGUUGCCGGGGCAGAUGAAGAAACAACUGGUGCUGAAGAUCAUCAGCGGGCAACAGCUGCCCAAGCCCAAAGACUCCAUGCUGGGGGACAGAGGAGAGAUUAUCGACCCCUUUGUGGAGGUGGAGAUCAUUGGUCUGCCAGUGGACUGCUGUAAGGAACAAACCAGGGUGGUGGAUGACAAUGGCUUUAACCCCAUGUGGGAGGAGACACUGGUGUUCACGCUGCACAUGCCCGAGCUGGUGCUGGUCCGUUUCCUGGUGUGGGACCACGACCCUAUUGGCCAGGACUUCAUUGGCCAGCGCACCAUUGCCUUCAACAGCAUGAUACCAGGUUUUCGCCACGUGUAUUUGGAAGGUAUGGAGGAGGCUUCCAUCUUUGUUCAUGUGUCUGUACAUGACAUCACUGGUAAGGGCAAGGUGGCCAGCGGCAUAAAAGGGCUGUUUCACAGAAACCCAAAGCAGGCUUCUCUCGACAGCCAUGUUGCUGCACAGCUCAGCCGUAAGCACCCAUUCGGAGCCCACCUGCUGCGCCGCACGGCCAGCGAGCCCACCAAGGGCGAGCCCAAGGUCAAGAAGGGUUUCCCCGAGAUCGCCAUCGACACCAAAGACUACAGCUCGGAAGGGGCCAGCGAGGACCGGGAGUCAGAGGACAGGGAUCUCAGCGCCUCACCCCAGCCCCCGCAGCUCCACCAGCGCAACGGAGACGCCACGGACGCAGCUGCACCCGCCACGCCACGCCAAGGCUCCAACGGGCACCACAGCACCAACGGGGCUUUCAACCCCGAUGAGGGCAAAGACCAUUCCACAGGGCAGAGACCAGCUCCCCCUCUUUCACUGUUCAGGCCAAUCGCUGAAGAACUGGGUGACAGACAUCUCACUCGCUCCGCUUCUACUCCAGCAGACCACUCAUCAACACGUAACUCGCCCCUCCCUCCAGCCACAGCAAUAACCACCACCACUCCAUCCCCUGCUUCUAAUAGUGAGGCGGACAGUCCCGUCAAGGGAAGGGGGGUCAGCAAAAUACCCCCUGUCCUUCACAGGACCACCUCAGCCCCUGUCGUACCGGACCCCAAAGACCUGAACCCCUCACAGUCCUGCAGAGACCCCCGGGUUGACAACGGCACCUCGUCACCCAUGGAGCACGCUCCAAUCCGAACGGAAGCACUGUAUACUCCGACAGACCACACAAAGGACGAUGCCGAGCGCAAGACUGAGAUGAGGGCAGAGUCUCCCGCUCUUCUCGCCGAUCACUCUGUCUCCAGCCCUCAGAAAGUCCAGGUCCUGAGAACGAUGUUCGGCGGCAACCCAUCACGCACGCCCGUCAGAAGGACCAAAAGCGAGGGCUAUGUGCGGUCGGCGGCGGCUGGGGGGCAGCAGCAGGCGUCUGCCGUGCCGGAGGUGUGCACAGACGCCACCCUGAAUGACCGGCUGUGGAGCAAGCUGGAGCCCGAGCUGGGCAACCACCGAGACAGCGUGUCCUCGUCCUCCAGUAUCUCGUCCAACGACACCGUCAUUGAUCUGUCCCUACCCAACCUGGCCAGGAAGAGCCUCACCUGCCUGAACAGUGGGCCCUCCCCAUCUGACAACACCUUCCAGGACCCACCCUCCUGGGUCACCAGGCCACGCUCAGCCAUCACCUCUUUUGACACGCUGCGGGUCAGCAAGAGCAAGUCCAACCCCAACCUCCGGCAGGGCCACCCGGGGGAGCCAGAGGACGAGCUGCAGCCCAGACCCCUCGGCGUCCCCAGGGAGCCUCCAGUGGACUCACCCAGCAGAAUUACCCAGAGGAGGCACACCUGGAGCCGUCUCUAUAUGGAAGGGCUGAAGCAGUCCUCUUCCCCAUCCAAGAAGCCCUCUGCAGCAGCAGUCCUUGCUGCUGCAGCUGCCAGCCCCCUGGAUACCGGAGCCUCUAUGUCCAAGAGUCUGGGGGACUUGACUUCGGACGACAUCGCUUGCAACUUUGACAGCAAGUACCGCAGCAUCAGCCGCAGCUUCAUUGUCAGGCCCUCCAGGAACGAUCCUCGACGAGGUCUCCAGAGGCCUCGGCCGCCAAGCGACCUGACAGAGCAGCUGAGGAGGCUGACUGAUGUGGAGCCCCUGACGGCACGUGACUUCGCCACCCAGGCACAGCAGGAGUCCCCGGAGGAGGCUCAGGAGGAACCCCCACUUCGGAGAAUGUCCUCCCGGAGUCAGAGCAGGGUGCGCUACAUCGCCAACAGGGCCAAGGAGGCCCAGGAAAGAAAGAGGCUGCAAGGUCUCAACCAGCCCCACCUAGCUGCCGGCGUCGCUAGCAUUAGCAUUUUCGGAGGCGGUAGCCCUAUUGAAGAGCGGGGUAACCCGGAGGGGGCGUGCUGCGUAGCCCAGAGCCCCUGCACUAGUUUGGACCUGUUAAGCCAGCUCAGCCCCCCGGGGCCGCCCCCCAACAGACAGUCCCAGACACAGUCCCAGACCUCCCCAAACUCUGACAACAAUGAGGUCUUUUUCAUGCUCAAGCUCUGAGAAUCAGAUUUGUUUUGGACCGGACCGUGAGAGACACUGAAGCAAAACUAAUUUAGAAUUCCAUCCAGCUUUCUAGGAAGGGGAAAUUGUCAUUUAUAAAGAAAGGGAAUUCUGUAUAUCUUGACAGGAUGCAUUUUUAAAUGUGUUUAAUCAAGCACUGAAUAAUGAUACUUCUUCCAGAAACUUCCAGAUACAGUCACAAGCACAGUUUUACUCUGGUCAAUGUUUAAUUUUCACUGCUCAGUAACUCACUUAUAAACUUUGAACAACUAUACGCCAAGCUGGUCACAAGGAUGGGCAAGUAAUUUUUCCAACAAAUUGACCACACAUACACACAAACAAUAGAAACAGCGGUGAGCUGUGUUAUGAAAGCAUCCUUUACCAAUACAGUCAUUUGUUUGCACCAAAUUAGGAAUAGUGAAAUGUAAUUGGAAAAACAAACCUCUACAAUAGUUUUUAUAUGCUUGACUGUUCAGUGACUUCCAUGUUUUGAGUAUUCAUUGUGAGUUGAGCUGAUCCCAAAGUAGCAAUAGACAACCAUUAGUGGAGUUUUUUAUUUUUUAUUUAAACUUUAUUUAACUAGGCAUAUCAGUUAAGAACAAAUUCUUAUUUACAAUGAUGGGCUACAAGAGUCUGAUAAGAAAACCUUUUUUAAACUUGAAAUUUAAUGAUAUAUACUGUACUUUUAAACCUUAAGAUUGAAUAAUAAACUGUUAACUCAUAUAUCACCAGUAGCUCAGCUAUGUGCAAGCAAUAUUUUAAAAACAGCUAUUAGUGUAUUAUAUUGCAGAUAAUGUAGAUGAGGGAUUUUCUUUGAAGGUUGUUGUUUAGCCAAGGGCCCAUGCAGAAUCUUUACUAAAAACAACUAAAUAAGUCAAAUGACAAUAACAACACAAUCCAAAACAUGUCUUUUCAACACAUCUUGUUUUAUUCUGUCCGUACAGUGAAGUGUGAUUUGAGUGAGUAUUUUUUUACCAUGUUACCCAUUUUUUAAUGUGGCUGCAUGUCUUUUAAGCACAGUAUCAUAUGUCUCUUAUUUUAUUAUAAAAAAAACAUUAAAUGGGACCUGAUAUUUAGACUUUUUCUUCCUGUGUUCAGGCUGUUGAAUGAUGUGAUUGGUCUCAUUGUAGAUACUGGACCAGAUAGGAGGUACCCUGUUUCCACGCACGUUUGUACUGUUCCGUUUGUACUGCCAUGCCAGUUCCCUGCAACCUUUUAGGAGCCAUCAUUUUUGAGGUAAAAACCAGAUGUUAUUAUGAACUGAAUAAAUAUCUCUACUGUAUAUUA